AAACUCUACUGCCAAAUGGAGAAAACGAGCCCCGUGGAGAUUCUUGUGACUAAAGAACCUCCACAUGGUCUUCUCAGAGUAAUGGCUGUCUACAAGAAGACGGAACAUCUGGCAGAUGUGGUCCGCAGGUGUCCACAUCACCAGAAUGGACACGCUGCAGACCAUCGCAGUCAUUUGAUCAGAGUGGAGGGCAGCCAAAGGCCUCAGUAUCUUGAGGAUUACAACACAAAAAGGCACAGUGUGACUGUUCCCUAUGAGCCGCCCCAGCCGGGCUCAGAGAUCACCACCAUCCUGCUCAGCUUCAUGUGCAACAGCUCCUGCAUGGGAGGCAUGAACCGCAGACCCAUCCUCACCAUCCUGACCCUUGAGACUUCAGACGGACAACUUUUGGGCCGAAGAUGCUUCGAGGUGCGUGUCUGCGCGUGUCCCGGCAGGGAUCGUAAAACAGAGGAGGCAAAUAGUGCCAAACUGCAUCAUCAUCAUCAUCAUCAUCAUGCAAGCAGACAGCUGCGUGCAAGGGCUGACCAUUUUAAACGAAAAAUAAAACAGACCAAACAGGCAGGCGUAGAAAGAAAUUGAAUACGGCCCUUUUUU